CCCAGCCCCAGUCACAGCCCCAGCCACAGCCCCUGCCCCAGUCACAGCCAUAGCCCCAGACCCAGUCACAGCCCCAGCCCCAAUCACAGCCCUAGCCCCAGCCACAGUCCCAGCCCCAGCCGAAGCCCCAGCCCCAGCCCUAGUCACAGCCCCAGUCACAGCCACAGCCCCAGCCCCAGUCACAGCCGAAGCCCCAGCCCCAGCCCCAGUCACAGCCCCAGUCAGUACCCCAGCCCCAGCCCCAGCCCUAGUCACAGCCUCAGCCCCAGCCCCAGCAACAGCCCCAGCCCCAGCCCCAGGCACAGCCCUAGUCACAGCCCCAGGCCCAGUCACAGCGCCAGUCACAGCCCCAGCCCGAGCCCCAGUCACAGCCACAGCCCCAGACCCAGUCACAGCCCCAGCCCCAGUCACAGCCCUAGCCCCAGUCACAGCCCUAGCCCCAGCCACAGCCCCAGCCACAGCCCCAGUCACUGCCCCAGCCCCAGUCACUGCCCCAGCCCCAGUCACAGCCUCAGUCACAGCCCCAACCCCAGUCACAUCCACAGCCCCAGUCACUGCCCCAGCCCCAGCCCCAGUCACUGCCCCAGCCCCAGUCCCAACCCCAAUCACAGCCCCAGUCACCCCAGUCACAGCCACAGCCCCAGUAACAGCCACAGCCCCAGCCCCAGUCACAGCCACAGCCCCAACCCCAGUCACUGCCCGAGCCCCAGCCCCAGAUCCAGUCCCAGCCACAGUCCCAGCCACAGCCCCAGCACCAGUCACAGUCUCAGUCACAGUCUCAGUCACAGCAGCAGCCCCAACCCCACAACAUCCCACAGCCCCUGCCCCAGGCACAGCCCCAGGCACAGCCCCAGUCACAGCCGAAGCCCCAGCCCCAGCCCCAGUCACAGCCACAGCCCCAGCCCCAGUCCCAGCCCCAGCCCCAGUCACAGCCGAAGCCCCAGUCACAGCCAAAGCCCCAGCCGCAGACCCAGUCACAGCCCCUGCCCCACUCACAGCCCUAGCCCCAGCCACAGCCCUAGCCCCAGCCACAGUCCCAGCCCCAGCCCCAGUCACUGCCCCAGCCCCAGUCACUGCCCCAGCCCCAGUCACUGCCCCAGCCCCAGUCACGGCCCCAGUCACAGCCUCAGUAACAGCAACAGCCCCCACCCCAGUAACAGCCCCAGCAACAAUCGCAGCCCCAGUCACAGCCGAAGCCCCAGCCCCAGCCCCAGUCACAGCCCCAGUCACAGCCACAGCCCCAGCCCCAGUCACAGCCGAAGCCCCAGCCCCAGUCACAGCCCCAGUCACAGCCACAGCCCCAGCCCCCAGCCCCAGCCCCAGCCCUAUCACUGCCCCAGCCCCAGCCCCAGCCCUAGUCACAACCUCAUCCCCAGCCCCAGUUACAGCCCCAGUCACAGCCCUAGCCCAAGUCACAUCCCCAGUCAUUGCCCCAGUCACAGCCCUAGCCCCAGUCACAUCCCCAGUCAUUGCCCCAGUCACAGCCGUAGCCCCACCCCAGCCCCAGUUACAGCCCCAGCCCCAGACACAGUCAGCCCCAAUCAAAGCCCCAGACCCAGUCACAACCCCAGUCGCAGCCACAGCCCCAGCCCCAGGCCCAGACGCAGACCCAGCCCCAGUCACAGUCACAGCCCCAGCCCCAACUCCAGCACCAGCCCCAGCAUCAGCCCCAGCCCCAGUCACAGCCCCAGCCCGAGCCCCAGUCACAGCCACAGCCCCAGACCCAGUCACAGCCCCAGCCCCAGUCACAGCCCUAGCCCCAGUCACAGCCCUAGCCCCAGCCACAGCCCCAGCCACAGCCCCAGUCACUGCCCCAGCCCCAGUCACUGCCCCAGCCCCAGUCACAGCCUCAGUCACAGCCCCAACCCCAGUCACAUCCACAGCCCCAGUCACUGCCCCAGCCCCAGCCCCAGUCACUGCCCCAGCCCCAGUCCCAACCCCAAUCACAGCCCCACACCGCAAUCCCAGUCCAGCCCCAGCCCCACCACAGCCACAGCACCAAGCCCCAGCCCCAGUCACAGCCACAGCCCCAGCACCAGCCCUAGCCCCAGCCACAGUCCCAGCCCCACCCCCAGCCCC